AUAGUCUAUAAAAUAUCAGUCUAUUUAGCGAGAGAGAAAGGGGAGAGAGAAAUGUCGACGACGGGCAACGAUCCACGACAACCAUCGACGGCGAGGCGCUACGUUGCUCCGGUCGUAGCGCCGGAAAAUCUGCCCAUCGAUUACGCCGGUUUCAUCGCCAUCGUCUUUGGCGUUGUUGGCGUUAUGUUCAGAUACAAGUUUGGAUCGUGGCUAGCUUUGAUCUGCUGUGCUCACUCCCUUGCAAACAUGAAAAAUCUCGAAACUGAUUUGAAACAGAUCUCUACUGCUGUUAUGUUUGCCAUCAUGGGAAUCAUGACAAACUACUUUGGGCCUCCUCGACCUGGUUCUCAAAGUUAAACUUUUGAUCAUGCACUUGGUGGAGCACCUCGGAGUACUGUUUAUGAUCCUUAUUAUUGUUACAUUAGUACGAAUUCCAUGGAUUUUGCAGUCUGUAAUGAACUUCUUGGAUUAUCUUGUGUUACAGCUUUAGAACGUACUGUGUUUAUCUUCUAUAUGUAUUCCGAUCCGUGUCAGAAUUGUAUUGUUACAACUUCUCCGGUAUGCAAUCAAUGUCGGAGCAAUUUAGGCUCUCUAAUUCAGAACAAUUUAUGGCAACACCUUUAUGUGUA